AGUAAACGAACGUAAUCAGCUCUAGGAAACGUAAACAGCGGUAACGAAGGAACAAAAAGAAUCAGGCAAUAAUAUCGGUGCAUGCCUUGAUCGUUUUUCUUGCCCAACGUUACUUCCUCGAGUAACGAGUUACCAACAAAGGUAGGGGAAACGUUGGAUGAAAGGUAUCGUCUACCUUGUGCCGCUUGUCAGUGACCACGAGUCAUCCGAGAAUAGAAGACGAGAAUUUCAAUCCUUUAACCUUCCGAAUAUCUGUCAUUCUCUCUGACUUACAAUACCGAUUCGUACACCAAUGAAACUUUCAACGAGACAACGUGCGUUUCGAGCACCAAAACGUUUCAACGAGUGAAUCAGCUGUUGGAUUAACGACAACCGUUAUCGUCGAAUUCGCCUCAACAGUGCGUUAAUAACUGCAGUCGAUGGCGUAUUAUUUAGAAGAUGAAUGAAAAACUUGGUAAUUUGCGUUGAAAGUCCAUACUGACGUUGAUUUCUGCUAUCCUGAUGUAAUCUCAUCAAUGUUAAUGAUGUUUGAACGUCACGAUGUUUUUCGUGCCUGGUGAAGAAGAUACCUGCGAGUCUAACCAUUUUGUGGAGAAACUAUGUGAAAUUCGGGCUAUGAUCGUGUUUCAAUCGAAAUUACGUUUGAAAUGAACGUAAAGUUUCGAUUAAACGUAAUUAUUCAUGAAUGUUAAUUUCGUCACCGAUUCGAAUUAUUUAGAAGAAUGUAGAAUCGAUUGGGAAAUAGGAAAUACAAAUGCUGGACUCGAUUUCGUUUCAUUUUCACUCCGGACAUUCCAUCUUAGAAACGAAGAUUUCUAACUCUUAUAUUGGUCGAAGAGAAAACCACGGUAUAGAAAGGAAUAACUGCAUAAUUUAAAGAACUGCUACAACUUCUGAUUACUCGAAGUUCUUUGAACGAACAUUUUUCGAAGUACGCGAUUUAGCUUAAAUAGUAAUCAAACAAUUUCAUUCAUUCACAUUUAUUGACACGAAUUGUAGAUCUAAUUUUCAUGUAAAUUUUACUUGUUCAAGUUUAUAAUCUCUGCAACAAUUUUCUGAUUUGAAAAAUACAAAUUUUACCUUGUGUCCUUUUACCAUGUUUUCCGAAGUACGAAAUUGUUAAGAGAGACAUUUUCUCAAACAAAAGUUUAUCAAGAUACAAUUUCUCCAAAGUAAAAGUUCGUCAAAAUAAAAACUGUCCACAGAAAAAAUUUGUUAAAAUCCAUGCAUUGCAUAGUAAAUAUUUCAAAACAAAAAUGUCCCGCUUUCCAAAAUGUAUCAAAUAAAAAUUUCACAAGUUUUCAAAGAAUGCCGAAGUGGUUCAAAAAGAAGUGAUAAGGAGCGUACAAUAAUUCGAAAGACCAACUGGAAAGAUAAAUACUCGAGAAUACACGUUACAAGAGCAGAGAUUUCAAUGCCUCGGACUGGUUUAAAAAGGAGAAGUGCGUGAUAUACGUUGAUUUCGAAUAAAACAGUUAUACGUACGCGUUCUCCGAAGCGUUCUGUUGAAAACAGGAAAAACGAAUUGCUGGCAUUUGCAUAAAGUAAGAAGAAGUUGAUGAGUACCGACAUCGGGUAGUUUAAAACGACGUAAGCAUCAGGAGUUAACAAAAUAAGGACAAUUAAGAGAUUACGUAAGAGAUCUCGGAUUCUACAGUUUCAAGGUGUAGCAGAAGUACAUGUAGCGAGAUCUUGCCGGGUGUAGACGAGAGUGAAUAGAAGGGGUCCACGAAAUGAGACGACUGAAAAGAUUCGUAUUGGCUCAAAGCACGGAGAAGGACCCGAUCUGGAAGAGCUCGGACAACUUAAUGGCUGGCAUAUCGAAAAUGAACGCGGAAACGGAGCCAACGAAGGAUGAAUCGACGAAGGAGGAUACGCCGAAGGAACUGAAACCUACGACCGCUGGAUUGACGCCCAGCAUGUCGCAGGGUACGGUGAUGAUUCAAGCGCAAAAUCGGCUAGAAAAAGAUUUCACUAUCGCAACACCGGAAGAAUUCGUUCAUCGUUUUGGAGGCACUAAAGUUAUUAACAAGGUGUUGAUCGCUAACAACGGUAUAGCAGCGGUAAAAUGCAUGCGUUCGAUUCGGCGAUGGUCCUACGAGAUGUUCAAAAACGAAAGGGCUGUACGAUUUGUCGUGAUGGUCACACCGGAAGAUUUGAAAGCAAACGCGGAAUAUAUAAAAAUGGCGGACCAAUAUGUGCCAGUACCGGGUGGAACAAACAACAACAAUUACGCGAACGUAGAAUUGAUCAUAGACAUCGCUAUACGUACCCAGGUGCAGGCGGUCUGGGCGGGAUGGGGUCACGCUUCAGAAAAUCCAAAAUUACCGGAAUUACUUCACAAAAAUAACAUUUCUUUCAUCGGACCAUCUGAGAGAGCAAUGUGGGCUCUUGGAGACAAAAUUGCAUCCAGUAUAGUUGCUCAAACCGCAGAGGUGCCAACACUCCCUUGGUCAGGAUCAGAUUUAAAAGCCCAGUACAGUGGGAAGAAAAUAAAAAUCUCCUCGGAACUUUUUAAAAAGGGUUGUGUCUCAACCGUGGAAGAAUGUUUGGCUGCAGCCAAUAAAAUAGGUUUUCCUGUGAUGGUGAAAGCUAGUGAAGGGGGUGGCGGUAAAGGUAUUAGGAAAGUCGAAAAUGCUGAAGAAUUGCCUACGUUGUUUAGGCAGGUACAAACUGAAAUACCUGGAUCACCAAUAUUCAUUAUGAAACUGGCAAAAUGUGCCCGCCAUUUGGAAGUUCAAUUAUUAGCUGAUAAUUAUGGAAAUGCCAUAUCGUUGUUUGGUCGUGAUUGCUCUAUUCAAAGGAGACAUCAAAAGAUCAUCGAGGAAGCUCCUGCUGUGAUUGCGAAACCUGAAGUUUUUGAAGAGAUGGAAAAAGCUGCUGUAAGAUUGGCCAAAAUGGUUGGGUAUGUCAGCGCAGGUACUGUCGAGUAUCUCUAUGACACUUCUGGACGGUACUACUUUUUGGAGUUAAAUCCACGUCUUCAAGUAGAACAUCCUUGUACCGAGAUGGUAUCCGAUGUCAAUCUACCUGCUGCUCAACUUCAAAUUGCCAUGGGUUUACCACUCCACCAUAUUAAAGACAUUCGUCUUUUGUACGGUGAAAGUCCAUGGGGUGAUACUGUCAUCGAUUUCGAUCAACCGCGACAUAAGCCCCAACCGUGGGGUCACGUUAUAGCCGCAAGAAUUACUAGUGAAAAUCCUGACGAAGGUUUUAAGCCAAGCUCUGGAACCGUACAAGAAUUAAACUUCCGUUCCUCGAAGAAUGUCUGGGGUUAUUUCUCAGUGGCGGCAUCCGGAGGUCUUCACGAGUUUGCUGAUUCACAAUUUGGGCAUUGUUUCUCUUGGGGCGAGGAUCGUUAUCAAGCUAGAGAGAAUUUGGUCAUAGCUCUGAAAGAGUUAAGCAUCAGAGGUGACUUUAGAACAACCGUCGAGUAUCUGAUCACGUUGUUGGAGACUGAUUCCUUCCAGCAGAACAACAUAGAUACAGCAUGGCUUGAUUUAUUGAUCGCUGAACGUGUCAAAAGCGAUAAACCGGAUGUAUUGCUGGCCGUAACCUGCGGUGCGCUUCAUAUCGCCGAUAGAACGAUCACUGCCGCUUUUACUGGGUUCCAAACUGCGUUGGAGAAGGGACAGAUACAAGCUAGCAACGAUUUAGACAAUGUUGUUGAUGUUGAACUGAUCAACGAUGGAUAUAAAUAUAAAUUACAAGCUGCCAAGUCAGGUCCUAAUAAUUACUUCCUUAUCAUGAACGGUUCCUAUAGAGAAGUUGAUGUACAUCAACUAUCAGACGGUGGAUUGCUACUUUCUUUAGAUGGUGCAAGUUUCACCACCUAUAUGAGAGAAGAGGUUGAUCGUUAUAGAAUUAUCAUAGGAAAUCAGACUUGCAUUUUUGAAAAAGACAAUGAUCCCUCUCUGUUAAGAUCACCGUCAGCUGGUAAAUUGAUCAACUUUUUAGUCGAAGACGGUGGUCAUGUUAACCCUGGACAAGCUUACGCGGAAAUAGAGGUUAUGAAAAUGGUAAUGACGGUAACAGCGAGCGAAGCUGGUAGCGUUUUCUACGUCAAAAGACCAGGUGCCAUUUUAGAGGCUGGUACUCUCAUCGCUCAUUUAGAAUUAGAUGAUCCGUCUUUGGUAACGAAAGCUCAAGACUAUACCGGUAAAUUCCCAGAAACCGCACCUCCUGCUGUUUCCGAGAAAUUGAAUCAUCUUCACGCCAAAUAUAGAAACGCUUUGGAGAACACCCUAGCAGGAUAUUGUUUACCAGACCCGUACCAUCUGCCGCGGGUACGAGAAUUGAUCGAGAAAUUCAUGAGUUCCUUACGCGAUCCUAGUCUACCUUUGCUUGAACUUCAAGAAGUGAUCGCUACGAUAUCCGGAAGAAUUCCGAUUUCCGUGGAAAAAAAGAUCAGAAAACUGAUGUCGUUGUACGAAAGAAAUAUAACUUCCGUUCUGGCUCAGUUUCCUAGCCAACAAAUUGCCGCUGUAAUCGAUGGACAUGCGGCGACUGUUUCGAAGCGAUCCGAACGGGACGUAUUCUUCCUAACCACACAAGCCAUAGUGCAAUUAGUACAAAGAUAUAGAAAUGGAAUACGCGGAAGAAUGAAGACUGCCGUACACGAACUUCUCAGACAAUAUUAUACCGUCGAGAGUCAAUUCCAACAGGGUCAUUACGAUAAGUGUGUCUCUGCUUUAAUAGAUCAGCACAAAGAUGACGUGGCCACGGUAACAGCCAUGCUCUUCAGUCAUAAUCAAGUCACCAAGAAAAACAUUGUGGUAACCAUGCUCAUAGAUCACCUUUGGGCGAACGAACCUGGUCUCACGGAUGAACUAUCGAGCACAUUGACGGAACUGACCAGUUUAAAUCGAACAGAACACAGUCGCGUUGCUUUACGUGCCAGACAAGUUUUAAUCGCUGCCCAUCAACCUGCCUACGAAUUGAGGCACAAUCAAAUGGAGUCGAUAUUCUUGUCAGCGGUGGAUAUGUACGGCCACGACUUCCAUCCGGAAAACCUGCAGAAGUUGAUUCUCUCCGAGACAUCCAUCUUCGAUAUUUUGCACGAUUUCUUUUACCAUACCAACCGCGCGGUUUGCAACGCCGCUUUGGAAGUUUAUGUGCGAAGAGCGUACAUCAGCUACGAGUUGACUUGCCUGCAACACCUGGAAUUAUCGGGUGAAGUGCCGUUGGUACACUUCCAGUUCCUGCUGCCUAAUAAUCAUCCAAAUCGACAGAAUCAGUCACCGGUUAAUCACAGAGUUGGCGCUAUGGCGGCCUUCCAAGACAUGGAACAAUUCGUCAGGUAUUCUGACGAGAUACUCGAUCUCCUGGAGGAUCUAUCCUCGACUACUUCUGUUUCGGCUAAAGUUCUGGAAGCGGUGGACGCAGCUGGAAGCGAGUCGAGACAUAGUACUUCCAUAAACGUGUCUCUCAGCAUCGCCGAUCCUCCUCCAGUACCGGCGGUAGAAAUUGGCGAAAGACCUUCAGAACCUGUGCACAUCUUGAGCAUUGCCGUCCAAGAGAAAAACAAUCACGACGACGCUGCCCUGGCAAGGUUGUUCGGAGAUUGGUGCGCUACGAAUAAAGAUGAACUGAUAUCCCGUGGUAUCAGAAGAGUAACGUUCGCUGCUCUGAAGAGAAGACAAGUACCAAAGUUCUUCACGUUCCGUCAGAGAGACGGCUUCGUCGAAGAUAAAAUUUACCGACAUCUGGAACCCGCUUGUGCCUUCCAACUGGAAUUGAACAGAAUGAGGACGUACGAUCUAGAAGCGUUACCAACCUCAAACCAGAAGAUGCACCUGUACCUUGGCCAGGCUAAAGUUGCUAAAGGACAGCAAGUCACGGAUUACCGAUUCUUCAUCCGUUCUAUUAUAAGACACUCCGAUCUAAUAACCAAAGAAGCCAGCUUCGAUUACCUGCACAACGAGGGUGAACGUGUCCUUUUGGAGGCUAUGGACGAAUUGGAAGUCGCGUUCUCGCAUCCGCUCGCGAAACGCACAGAGUGCAAUCAUAUCUUCCUCAACUUCGUGCCAACGGUCAUCAUGGACCCGGUGAGAAUAGAGGAAAGCGUAACAAGCAUGGUGCUUAGGUACGGUCCAAGAUUAUGGAAGUUACGCGUGCGUCACGCCGAGAUCAAAAUGACCAUUCGUCCAGCGCCAGGAAAAUCCACGUCUACCUUACGUUUGUGCAUCGCCAACGAUAGCGGCUACAGUAUAGACUUACAUCUCUACACAGAAGCAACUGAUCCAAAGACUGGCGUUGUUCGUUUCGAAUCUUUUCCUUCCGCGACGAACAAAUCCUGGAGACCAGGACCUAUGCACGGUUUACCGAUCUCCACGCCGUAUUUAACCAAAGAUUACCUUCAAGCAAAGCGGUUCCAAGCGCAGAGUGCUGGCACGACCUACGUAUACGAUUUACCGGACAUGUUCAGACAACAGACGGAGAAGCUAUGGCAUAAGUACAUAGAGGAAAGACCAGAUAGCGACAUAACUAUUCCAAAUCCUGUCAUGGACUGCGUGGAAUUGGUACUGGAGGGUGAACAUUUGGUGGAACAGAAGCGUCUACCCGGCGAAAAUAACGUUGGUAUGGUUGCUUGGAGGCUGAGGCUUUACACGCCAGAGUAUCCGGAAUCUGGAAGAGAUGUUAUAUUGAUCGCCAACGAUUUAACUCAUCUAAUCGGUUCCUUCGGCCCGAAAGAAGAUUUGGUGUUUUGCAGAGCCUCGGAAAGAGCCAGACAGCUUGGUAUUCCUAGAAUAUAUUUCUCUGCAAAUUCAGGGGCUCGUAUUGGAUUAGCUGAAGAAGUGAAGGGACUGUUUAGAAUCGCUUGGGAAGACGAUAAUGAACCGGAAAAAGGUUUCAAAUAUAUCUACCUGACGCCAGAUGAUUACGCGCGUCUAGCACCGUUUAAUUCGGUAAAGACUUCGUUGAUCGAAGAUCGCGGAGAAUCUCGUUAUAAAAUUACAGAUAUUGUUGGUAAAGAUGAUGGUCUUGGUGUAGAGAAUUUGAAAUACGCCGGAAUGAUCGCCGGGGAAACAUCUAGAGCCUACGAAGAGAUCGUCACCAUUUCCAUUGUUUCUUGUAGAGCAAUUGGUAUUGGAGCUUACCUGUUACGUCUUGGACAGAGAGUUAUACAGAUAGAAAAUUCACACAUUAUUUUAACUGGUUACAAAGCAUUAAACACUGUAUUAGGUCGUGAAGUAUAUGCGAGCAACAAUCAAUUAGGUGGUAUUCAAAUUAUGCAUAACAAUGGAGUAUCACACACGACUGAUCCAAGAGACUUGGAUGGCGUUGGGACAGCUUUACGAUGGUUAAGCUUUGUCCCUAAAUAUAAAGGUGCACCUCUUCCAAUAUUACCAUCACCACUUCCUGAUCCAGUCGACAGAGAAAUCAGUUAUGUUCCUACUAAGACAGCCUAUGAUCCAAGAUGGAUGUUGGAAGGUAAAUAUUCACAGAAUGGUACGAACAGUUGGGAAAGUGGAUUCUUUGAUCGUGGUUCUUGGCAGGAAAUAAUGAGACCCUGGGCUCAAACUGUAGUAACUGGACGCGCUAGGCUAGGUGGAAUUCCUUGUGGUGUUAUUGCGGUUGAAACUAGAACUGUUGAAUUGCAUUUACCCGCAGAUCCUGCCAAUAUGGAUUCAGAAGCUAAAACAAUAUCUCAAGCAGGACAGGUGUGGUUCCCUGACAGUGCGUACAAAACUGCUCAAGCUAUUAAAGAUUUUGGAAAGGAAGAACUGCCACUUUUUAUUUUUGCUAAUUGGAGAGGAUUUUCUGGUGGAAUGAAGGAUAUGUACGAGCAAAUUGUGAAAUUCGGUGCUUACAUCGUCGAUGGAUUAAGAGAAUAUAGUAAACCAAUAUUCGUGUAUAUCCCACCAAACGGAGAAUUAAGAGGUGGUGCUUGGGCAGUAGUUGACCCAACAAUAAACCCUCGUUACAUGGAAAUGUUUGCCGACAAUACAAGUAGAGGCGGAGUUCUGGAAGCUAGUGGCAUAGUAGAAAUUAAGUUUAGGUCUAAAGAUAUAAUUAAAGCUAUGCACAGGACCGACAGCAUUAUCCAAAAACUCAAAGAAAAAUUAUCCGCUGCAAAUUCACCGGAAGAAAGGAUAGAAAUUGAAAGUCAAAUACGCAAAAGAGAAGUGAAUUUAGAACCCAUGUAUCAUCAAGUCGCUAUCCACUUUGCUGAUCUCCACGAUACACCAGAAAGAAUGUUUGAGAAGAACGCAAUUCAUGACAUUAUUCCAUGGCGAAGAGCGCGUAGAUUACUUUAUUGGCGUCUUAGAAGAAGACUUUUAGAAGAUGAAAUAAGAGAAGAAAUUCUGUCCACCCAGCGAAGCUUGGACGUCAGACAAAUCGGUGCAACGUUGCGUAGAUGGUUUAUAGAAGACAAAGGCGCCACCGAGUCCUAUCUGUGGGAUCAAGACGAGGCUGCGGCAGUCUGGUUGGAACAACAACGUCAGGACGAAAACAGUGUCGUUUCACGUAACAUUACCUGUGUGAAACAGGACGCGGUUGUUUCACGAAUCAAAGAAGCACUGGAAGCCUGCCCGGAAAUGAGAUUAAACGCAAUUUUAGAAAUUGCCCAUAGGCUACAACCAGCAGAGCGAACAGAACUGCAAAGAACUUUGUCGCAAAUCGAAACGACCACUCAGGAACACCAUAAUGAUUCGAGUGCUUCAUCCUAAUAUUUCUUCAAAUUACAAAGUCCCUUCGUCUAUCUGCGUACCUGGUGUAUGUAGCUCUGUUAGAAUUAAUUGUACAGACACUCGUUAUUCUUGUUAAUAGCUAAUUGUACGGGAGUAGUCUAAUUUUGAAACGGUUAAUCAUUGCGUCUAUCGAUAGUGUGGCUUGACGAUAGAAAGCAAAGAACUUGUGUCUUAUCAAAGUUCAACGGUGAUGCUAUCGGGUGUCAGACAGUAUCACUGCCGUCUCCUAAACCGUGGCAACGUGUGCCCCUUGUUUAUGAUAAGUGUAUUCAUGAAUAUAGAAAUUAUAUUAUAUAUAUAUAUAUAUAUUUAUUUUUAGAAAAAAAGGUUUGUUCGUUGAGUUUAAUUCUACCGAACAACUAUUAUACAUGUACAGUACCAAGUAUAUUUCUCUAAGAAAAAUGGCGAUAUAGGGAAAACAGGGAAAUCUAUUGUGCUUGGUACUGUACGUCAUUGUCCCAACUUUUAGUCGAUAAUAGAAUCGAUGGGGGUAAGUUUUAAAGUAUUAAG